GAUGACACUUAAAGAAGCAUUUAGAUAAAGAAGAAAUGCUUUGUUUUAUACUUUGCAUCAACAAAGCUAUUUUAUCCAUUUUCUAGAAAUAUCUGUCACUAUUGGCUUAAUUUAAAAUGCGCUCUGUCAUUUAGAGUUUUUACCCUUAUUGAUAAUUUCUUAAUUAAACCCAUAGUUUUUUAUAAUCAUAUUAUACUCAUAUUCAUAUAAAUUACUGAUCUUUUGUUUUAUAAGUGUUGGAUAUUUCAUGGAGAUGGACCAAGUAAGAAUAAAAUAGAGAAAAAGAAAAGAAGAAAUUUAAUAAGACAGAAAUAAAAAAUGA